AUGGAACAGCCCUUCCGAUGCAACAACCAGACUGGAGGCUACUGCCGGGGGAUCCUUACAGAGGAGGCGGUUGUCACCACCUGCUCGCACAUCUUUUGCAUUGCUUGCUCGAAAAAGGUUGGCUUGUCCGAUGCCCGCCUUGACCACCGAAUCUGCCCAGUCUGUUCGACGAGACUUCCAAACACAGACGAUGCUGUGCAGACCACCCUCAACCCGACCGAAGAGUACAAGACCAGUGUUCUAAGUGGCUUGGGUCCUACCUCUAUCAUCGAGUGUGCGGGAAGGGCUCUCGCUUUCUGGACCUAUCAGACUACGCAAGAGAUCUCCUAUCAGCAGCAUGUCACCAAGAACCUGACUGAAAGAUACAGCCAUCUCAGUACGGCUAUGGAUAAAGUCAUUCAUGGCGCAAAUUCCGAGAUCCAGAGCCUCCAGACCAAAGUUGAAGGCCUUACAGUCGAUUAUACAGCCCUGGAACAAAAGCAUGCAGAGGUAGUUGACCUGUACCGCGAAAAGAGCCGCAAGCACGCGCAGGCUCAAAAGCUUUACGACACUCUCAAGCAAAAAUACCAGGCAGAGCAAAUGCAGACAGCCGCCUCCGCCAAUGUCGCCCAGGCGAUCGAAUCCAUUGACGCUGAGCGACGUCCCGAAACUCUUCGUGCAGCCCCCUCGGCCGCGAGGCAUCACCCCGGAUAUGCUGACACCACCAUUCCACAUCUCGAAUGCAGGCCAUCACGGCGGUCCUCAAUCCUUGGAACCUUGGAGCAGCUUCACCCUCAUCAAAGGUCUGGUAGCAGUGCUAUUGGAAGCACAGGCACAGGUGAUCAACAGGUCAUGCCACCUCCAGAAAGACCGAGGAUAUCGAGGAUUCGUGAGUGCCUGAGGAGCGAGCCUUUCGGCACUGUAUUGAUUCUUCAUAGCAAACCUCCAGACAUCCGGAACUCCAAUGCACCGUGUUGCUUUGCCCGGAACAGCACGAGCAAACGCAAGUCGAUCCCAAAUUCCAAUGGCUACUAG